AUGGCCAUGUUCUUUGACUUUCCCGUUAAUGCGCAAGAGGCGUACACCCCCAUCACCUCGCGCUGGCACCCCAAGACUCCGCUUCUGGCCGUGGCUGCCAAGGAGGGCAUGGUGACGGGCAACGUCUCGCUGUACACAGACGACGGCGAAAACUUGCCCUCGGCUACCCUGCAACGUUCUGCACAUCCUACCGACGUAGCUUGGCAUCCCAUCGAGCAGGUGCUUGCAACGAGUUGGGCUUCGGGUGAGAUUGUGCUGUGGAAUCACGCCACAGAACAGGCCAACGAAUGCAAGCGCCUCCACGAGGCAGCCCUGGUCUUUGUUCGUUGGUCUGCGGAUGGUUCUCGUCUCAUCAGCGGUGAUGAGGAUGGUCUUGUUUGUGUGUGGAUGGUGAGCCAGAGCGGCAAACCCACCCUGGCCACAGAGAUGCGCCUUAGCGCAGGCUGCCUGCACUGUACGUUUGAGAUACCUUUGCACUUUUAUUAUUAUUCAUUUAUUCUUGACAGUUAUCUCACUUUGCCGUCCCUUUUCCACGCCACCUUGGUGCUAGGUUGCCCCGUCGAAGGUGCUCGGGGCUCCAACAGCGUCUUUUUUGUCAGCACCACUGACAACGAGGUGCUGCGCUGUGAAGCGAGUGGUGAUCUCAGUUCGGCCUUCAAGGUCGAGGGCAACAUUCACGAUCUCACCUACGAUCCCCGCUCAAACUUGCUGAUGGCCAUCACAACGGAAAUGACCGUGAUCCAGCACCGUGUUAUUCAGACUGGUCUGACGGAAAAGUAUCUCUUCAAGCUGGCCGGCAAGCUACCAGGCCAGACCGCAUGGGCGGCUGCCGGCGUCCUGGCCUUUGCCACCGGCGAAAAUCAAAUUCGCUUGUGGAAUGCCGAGGCUGGGGAUCUCUACUCUCUAUCCAUUGCCCAGGAGUCGGGUGACUUUACGCCCUCGGAUAUCCUCGCCGCCGUGUCCUAUGACCCGCGCAGCCAGUUGAUGGCGGCUGGCUCACGCAACGGCUAUGUCUUCAUGUGGAAGUACAAUGCAGCCAAUCUGCAGGAUGAUGACGCCACCACCAUGUGGUCUUUUCAGCCGCCGAUUGAGCUCUCCGGCAGCCUGGUGCGCCUGACGUGGGGCCCGAAUUCCCUCCUCGGGGCUCAAAAUAACGUAGACAGCGUGUCCAUCCUUCGUGAGCACAUUAUGCGCAAGGCGUUUUGCGCCACCGCCUCUGCCAUUCAGGUCUCCGCGGCUCGCCUGGUCGUGGAUGUUUUUGACAAGCACACGCACAGCCUUGACGGUGACUUUUCAAUCAAGGGCGUGGCUGUGAGCCAGGAUGCUGUAGCCACCUUUGGGGCCCGGGAGGUUGCCGUCCACGAGCUGGUCAAAGAUGGCAAUGUGCUCCGUUCUGCCAACGCCUUCCCCUGCGCUGCCACCGCGGUGGCCCUGCACGGCAGCACUGUUUUCACCGCCAUCGAAUCUCGCGUUGAGGCUCGUAGCUACAACGGCAGCUCCAAGCAGGUCAUGACCUUUGGUACCAAUGAGGGUACAGUCACUCAUCUUGCUGUCAAUGGUGACUCCUUGGUGGCCGUGACCAACAAGUGCGUAGUGCGUACCUGGGACCUCGCGCGUCGCGAGGCCGUACCACAGGCAGGCCCCCAUGAUGCCACCGAUGAGCUCGAUCAAGUGUCAGCUGUGGCAAUCAACGCAGAUGGCUCCUUUGUCGCCUUUUUCGGUAUGGCCGAGCAUGACGAUCAGCCCAUGGUCUGGCUGUGGGCAACCGCUCAGGAAAAGGUUUUCCACCAGUCUGCGGGCGUGGGCUUCACACCACAAAGCAUUGCCUGGGACACGUCCGAUCCUCGUCUCCUCGUGGUUGAAUCGCGCAACGUCAGCUCGGACGGCAUUAUCAAACGCCGAGUGACUUCCUUCUUCGCUACCGCGGCCAAGGGACUGGUUGAGCACCACAGCUUUGAUCUCAAGCCGGAUGACGGCGCCCUAUUGGGUGUCACGGUCCCCAACAUGUACUUCACGUUGCGCCACAAGAGCGAGGACAACGCCAUGUACGAGUCUCGUCCUCUACGCGAUUUUGCAGGCAUUCCCGAGGCCGAUCGUGAUACCCGCGAGGCCAUGAUGGAGUUCAGCUACCAGCUGACGCUUGGCAACCUGGACGAGGCCUUCCGGGCUGUGCGUGUCAUUGAGAACGAUGCAGUCUGGGCCAACAUGGCGCGCAUGUGUGUCAACACCAAGCGCAUGGACGUGGCGAUUGUCUGCCUUGGGCGCAUGGGAAAUGCCGUGGGCGCACGGGCUCUUCGCGAAGCGCAGAAUGAGACCGAUGAGGCCAAGGCUGCCAUUCUUGCUAUUCACUUGGGCAUGGUCGAAGAAGCCGAGGAAAUUCUGAAGAAUGCCGGCCGCUUUGAUUUGCUGGUGCAGUUGUAUCGGGACAGCAACCGUUGGCAGGAUGCCCAGCGCGUGGGCAUGGAGCAUGACCGUCUGCACAUCAAGACGACAUUUUACGAGCAAGCCCGACAUUUUGAAGCUUUGGGCGAGAUUGGUGAUGCUAUCAAGGCGUAUGAAAAUUCGCACGCUGAUAAGCGUGAGGUGCCGCGUCUUUUGCUUGGGCACCCUACCGAGCUCCAGAACUACGUGCGUGCCACGCAGUCCAAGGACAUUUUGCGCUGGUAUGGUCAGUACAAGGAGUCUCAGUCGGAUCUGGACGAAGCCCUCAAGCUGUAUGCGGGCUGCGACGACAUCCUGUCCAUGGUCCGCGUGUACUGUUUUGAGGAUAAGGUGUCGGAGGCCUGUGAGCUGGCGCGACGAACGCAAGACAAGGCCGCUGCCUAUCACCUCGCUCGUCAUUUUGAAGCCAAGGACCAAGUGGAAGAGGCCAUCGAAUGGUACUCCAACUCGGAGUGCUACACCAACGCCAUCAAGCUGGCCAAGGAACAUGGCCUCAAGGACCAGAUGCUCAAUCUGGCUCUCAACUCCACCAAGGUGGACAUGAUCUCGGCCGGCGAGUUUUACGAAAGUCAGGGCAUGUAUGACAAGGCCGUUAUGCUGUACCACAAGGGUGGCCGUGUGGCCAAGGCACUUGAGAUGUGCUUUGACCAUCAAUCUUUCCAAGCUCUCGGCGCUAUUGCCGCAGAUCUCGACGAAACAACCGACCCUCAGCUCGUGCAGCGUGCUGCCACCUUUUUCAUCGACCAUCGUCAAUAUGACAAGGCCGUUAACUUGCUCAUCGUUGGCAAGCGCUUUGAGGAGGCGCUCAAGCUCAUCGGCGAGCAUCACGUGCAUCUCACGGAGGAGAAUGCUGAGCGCAUGACCUAUGCCAAGGGUGCCGUGGACAAGACGGUGCGCAACCAGGUGUUGGAGCGUAUUGCAGACAUUGCCUAUGCACAAGGUUCCUACCAGCUGGCGACCAAGAAGUAUUCACAGGCCGGCAAGUUUGUCAAGUCAAUGCGUGCGCUGCUCAAGAGCGGUGACACGAGCAAGAUUAUGUUCUUUGCGAACAAAUGCCGGCAAAAGGAGGUAUACAUCAUGGCUGCCAACUACCUUCAGAGUCUCAACUGGCGACAGGACCCCGAGAUCAUGAAGAACAUCAUCGGCUUUUACACGCGUGGUCGUGCCUUGGAUUCGCUGGCGUCUUUCUACGAGUCGUGUGCACAGGUGGAGAUUGACGACUACCAAAACUACGAUAAGGCUCUGGAAGCGUUGCGAGAAGCGCUCAACUGCUUGAGCCGUGCCAAGAUGAACGACUUUGAUGAGCAAGAGCGUCGCGUCUCGUCGUUGCAGACGCGUAUCAUGCACGUGGAGAAGUUUGUCACAGUUCGACAAAUGGGCGAGCGGGAUUCAGCCGCCAUGCUUGAUGAGGCAGCUGCGUUGCUGCAUGCACCUGGCAUUGAGGAUGCCAUUCGAAUUGGCGAUGUGUACGGCAUUAUGAUUGAGGCCUUGGCGGCACGGGAGGAUUACUCCAAGGCAUACAAGCUGAUGCAGGAGCUGCGAGGUCGUUUGCCCCGUGUCAAUCUGACCUACUACGUAAACCUCAGUGUGAUUGAGACAGUCCAUCGUGCGCUGGACAUUCCUCUUGGUCAAGGCACGGGCCCUUCGGGUGCUGAUGAAGACGAGGUGGGCGAGGACAUUGAAGGUGCUGAUGUGUAAAAGAGUGUGCUACACUCAGACGCGCGCCCAAGGUGGUGACUUUCCCUGUUAUGACAAGCUGUAUAGUCAACACAAUUGAGUCAUUCUAUU